CCCCUCCGCGGCUGAGGAGGUGCCUGAGCGCGGCGGAAUCCUCCCUUGUCUCAUCGCGGGGAGGAGGGGCCGCCGCCUGCGGGGAAGCUUGAGGAGAAUCUGAAGUCAAAAGAUGCUCGUGAGCUAGACUGAUCUAUGGAUCAGAAUUUGGCUGGGUCAGGUGACUGCUGUCUAAUAACAGUUCAGAUCUGGUGAUAAUACUCUUCUAUACUGCAGAAGUAUGUAUGUGGAAGUGACCGUGACAUCCUUAUGGUGGUGUUGAGCACUGAAGGGUCUGCCAUUUCUUGGUAAUGGACAAUGUUGCAUCAGUGGAGGGAUAAAUGAAAAGCUGAGUUCUGUCAGUUUAUGGUCAGCGCUGGACAAAGUAUUGACGUUUCACUGUGCAUGAAGAAGGAUGUUAGUUGUGAAUAUAGACUCACAUCUUUCUGGAAAGAAAAUGUAAUCUCUUCAGAGAUUACAGAGAGCUGUCGACAAUAUGACCUGCUGGAAGAGACCUCUGUGGAGAAGGACCUGGGGGUCCUGAUGGAUGACAGGUUGGCCAUGAGCCAGCAGUGUGCCCUUGUGGUCAGGAAGGCCAGUGGGAUCCUGGGGUGCAUUAAAAGGAGUUUGGCCAGCAGGUCAAGGAAAGCAGUCCUCCCCAUCUGCACUGGUGAGGCCACGUCUGGAAUACUGUGUGCAGUUCUGGGCUCCUUAGUUCAAGAAAGACAAGGGUCUUCUAGAGAGAGUACUGCAGAGGGCUGCAAAGAUGGUUAAGGGCCUGGAGCAUCUCCCUUAUGAGAAAAGGCUGAGAAACCUGGGACUGUUCAGCCUAGAGAAAGGAGACAGGAUCUUAUCAGUGCUUAUAAAUAUCUAAAGUUCAGGAGUCAAGUGGAUGGGGCCAGGCUGUUUUUAGCAGCGCCCAGCUGAAAAGGGGGUAAGGGGCAGUAACUGGAACAUAGGAAGUUCCAUACAGACACAAGGGAAAAAUUCUUUAAGACUGAUAGCACACUGGAACAAGCUUCUCAGAGAGGCUGUGGAGUCACCUACGGUGCAGAUAUUCAAAACCCACCUGGAUGCUUUCCUGUGCAACCAUCUGUAGGGAGCCUGCAUUAGCAGGUGGUUGGACUAGAUGAUCUCCAGAGGUCCCUUCCCCAACCUCUGCUCUGCGAUUCUGUGAUUCUGUGAUUUUGUGAUUACCAUUCUGUCCUUUCCUGAGAGACCAUUUGGACAGAUCGGCACGUUAGAUUUUUGGGGGAAAAGCAGCUAGUGGAUAUAAAGUUUUAAUACAUGAGAAAUAUAUGUUGCUUACCUAUUUACUUUCAAAAGAUCCAGUGGUCUCUGUGUACUCUUAAAUCAGUUACAGGCUUUUACAAAGAACACUUUUGCAGAGGCAGAAGCGUGCAUCAGAACAAAUGAAUUUGAAUAACAGUAUAAAUAGAUGUUAGUUGAGGUGUCCCACGUACCCCUGUAGGACUGAUUGGAAAUAAGAUGUUUAUGUUUGCAAAAUAUCUUGAAGAAUGGAAUUGCAGAGUAAUUUUCUCGAUUAUAUUUAAGAUAAAGCAACUUUUGCAUUUUGAGGACGUGUAAGCAACCUAGGUUCUCAAUAUGUUUUUGGAAGUCCAAAGAAGUAGUGGGCUGGAGAACCUUUCAUUCAGUAACUGCAGUGGUCCAUCCUAAGAGGGGCGCCAGCACAAAUCCAUAUGGAAGAUGAACCUCCUCCUUCUCGAGUCAGUGUCAAGGUCAGAGCGUGGCUUCGUGUUGAGAAUUCCAUGCAUCUCGACCCAAGAGAAAGAAGCAUUGUUAUUAGCUUAGUUCAUGCCAGUAGCUUUCAAGAUAAACAGAAAACCAAAACUGUCUUGGAGGCAACAUUACUGUCAGCCCUGAAGAUGCUGGAUGUUGGGAAAUGGCCAAUUUUUUCCCUUUGUUCACAAGAAGAGCUCAAGUUAAUUCGUCAAGCCUGUGUAUUUGGCAGUGCUGGUAAUGAAGUGCUGUAUGUAACUGAAAAUGAUGAGGUUUUUGUGCUUGGCAUGAACUGCAGUGGGUGUCUGGGAACAGGAGACAUCCAAAGCACAAUUGAGCCAAAGAGAUUAGAUUCUCUAUGCGGCAAAAAGAUAGCCUGUCUGAGUUAUGGAAGUGGCCCUCAUGUUGUUCUCGCUACAGAAGAAGGAGAAGUGUACACAUGGGGUCAUAAUGCUUACAGUCAGUUGGGCAACGGUACAACAAAUCAUGGUUUGGUUCCCUGUCAAGUCUCUACUAACUUGGUGAACAAGAAAGUCAUUGAAGUUGCUUGUGGCUCUCAUCAUUCUAUGGUGUUAACGUCUGAUGGGGAGGUCUACACAUGGGGUUAUAAUAACUCAGGCCAGGUUGGAUCUGGUUCAACUGCUAAUCAACCAAUUCCUCGAAGAGUUACCAGCUGCCUGCAAAAUAAGGUAGUAGUUAACAUAGCCUGUGGACAGAUGUGCUCUAUGGCUGUGGUGGAAAAUGGAGAGGUCUAUGUCUGGGGUUACAAUGGUAACGGCCAGCUGGGACUGGGCAGCAGCGGCAAUCAGCCAACACCGUGCCGAAUAGCAGCCUUGCAAGGCAUUCGUGUACAGCGGGUUGCCUGUGGCUGUGCACAUACAUUAGUGCUAACAGAUGAAGGUCAGAUUUAUGCCUGGGGAGCCAAUUCAUAUGGCCAGUUGGGUACUGGGAAUAAAAGCAACCAGUCUUACCCUACUACGGUUACUGUGGAUAAGGACAGAGUUGUAGAGAUUGCAGCCUGCCACUCUGCUCACACUUCGGCUGCCAAGACGCAGAGCGGCCAGGUGUACAUGUGGGGCCAGUGCCGCGGCCAGUCUGUGGUCCUUCCCCACCUCACUCACUUUGCCUGCACUGACGAUGUGUUUGCUUGCUUUGCUACCCCUGCUGUUACGUGGCGUCUUCUCUCAGUAGAGCCUGAUGACCAUCUAACAGUAGCCCAGUCACUGAAGAAGGAAUUUGACAACCCCGAAACUGCAGACCUGAAGUUCCGAGUGGAUGGAAAAUACAUCCAUGUUCAUAAAGUCCUUCUCAAAAUUAGGUGUGAACAUUUUCGUUCCAUACUGAAUAAUGAUGAUGAAAUUAUAGAAAUGAGUGAAUUUUCUUAUCCUGUUUACCGAGCCUUCCUGGAGUACCUGUAUACAGACAGUAUUAGGCUCCCUCCUGAAGAUGCCAUAGGUCUGCUAGAUUUGGCAACACUGUAUAGAGAAAACAGAUUGAGAAAGCUUUGCCAGCAAACAAUCAAGCAAGGCAUUUGUGAAGAGAACGCAAUCGCUCUUCUUUCUGCUGCUGUCAAGUAUGAAGCUCAGGACUUGGAAGAAUUUUGCUUCAGAUUUUGCAUAAACCACUUAACUGUUGUAACACAAACUCAAGGCUUUGCAGAAAUGGACCACGAUCUCCUGAAAAACUUCAUUAGCAAAGCAAGCAGAGUGGGAGCAUUCCGAAACUGAGAGCUGACUACCACCAAGCUGAAGAGCGCUGCCUCAUUCCUCCUGGGAAUACUUCUCCUUUGGAGAGCUUUGAAGAGAGACACACUGUCCAUCAGCUUGGGAAACGCCUUGAAGUCUGCUAACAUACUGGUUUGAAAAGAUGAGUACAGCAUAGGUGUGUAAGGAGAGCCAGCAUUCAUAAUUUGACGACAAAAUCUAAUGCAAUAACUACCCUUUCCCACUUAAAGUCAAGCAAACUAAGCUGUCAUUAUCUUGGCUAUUUUGAGUAUAUUAUUGUUAUGUAAACAGCGUGUAACUGGAUUUUAUAGAGCAGUGACAUCCCCUUGCUGCUAAAACACAGUACACUUCUAUCACUAAACUAAGUUAAUAUGCCAUAGUGGGACGCUUUGUGCCAGGUUUUCCAGAUGAGAGACUUUCUGAGCACGUGAUAAAGUACUAUAAAUUCUUAAGGAUGAGAGGCUUUCUGAGUGGUAGGAAGUUUUGUCUCACUGUACGUUUAUUUGGAGUGUGAAUACCAAAACUGUGAAGAGCUUCAGCUGGAUAUUAGAAUUUGAAGUUGCUGGCCAUUAUGGCCACUGUUCUGGACAAUUAGAAAACCUCUCUGUUACAGCAGGCAUGUUCCCUGGCACCCCAGUGGGACAGCAAACAGUAUUUGUGUGGACAUGAAUUAUCGUGCUGUGUGUUUCAGCACUCAGAAAACCAUCUCGUUGCUUGCUAUCAGGAAAAAGAAACCUAAACAAAACCUCAAGGAAAGGGAAGUUCCACUGAGAUUUGCUCACUGAAUCCUGUCUCACUGCCUGUCCCCCAGUAGGUCAUGUUAAGAAAAGUGGAAAAGAAGAUAAAGUGAUAAAAUGGGUCUUUGAAUUAAGUCACAAAAGCGGAACUCAGGCUACUUCCCACGUGGCAGUAAGGACACCCUGCUGAGAGUGUUGUUUCAGGUUCUCCUUUGGGCAGUGCUGCAAUACCUCUCCAGGUGACCCCACCAGUUGCAUUCUGUGCCUGUGUCAGGUGAGAGGAGCUGUCCACUGGCCGUCGAGGUGGGUGGGAUGGCUGAGGGAGAGUAGGUACUUAAUUUCUACCUGACUAACAUGAGCUGGGAUAAAAUCCCACCUUGCGUUACGCAUAGGAAGGGUUGCCCUCUUACAGAAGAUGCUGAGCUUAUGGAGCAGUUCCUUGGAAUUUUUUUUUUUUUAACAGGCAAUUGUAAAUUAACCCUGAGAAAUGAUUUCUCUUCACAGAGCAGGAGGGGCAGCUGUCAAUGCCUUCUGCAGUAUUUUACAGAACUGGAUGGCCAGGGUCAGUGUGCUGGUCUAUGUCAUGCCACCUUCACUCAGACUCGUGCCCUGCCAGAGUCCUCUGAUGACUUAUUCCAAUCCUCAAAUGUGGUUUCUAAGAACCUAAUUCCCUUAAAUGAUCUCAGCCUCAUUUCCUCAUUUCUGAAGUGGAAAUUACUGUCCUUUGUCAUAUCAGAGAAUUGUUAAGUGGUCGUAUUCCUUGAGGAGGAGGAAGAGGAGAAACAGGUUCUCAGAGAAGAGGAGUGAGGAGUUGCUCUCGUCACAUUGGUCUCUGCAGUUGUUUGGAUUGGAUGGGUAAGGCGUGCAGAUGGCAAAACUGACUUAGCAAGAGAGCUGGAAGCAAAUUAUUUUGGGAAAAUGCUGUGCUAAAAAAAUGACUUGCAGUUGGGGCUUUUCCCUCAAACUGUCACUAGGAAUAUAUUGUAUUGUCUACUGCUAACAAGCUUAUUUUGCCAUCCCGUAGUCAUACAGCUUCCUCCAGCAGCGUCGACCCAUACUUCAGCUGCUGUGUCAGUAUUUUAUGUUCAAAUAGAACUGGUCAAAACUUUCCAGUACAUAUUGCCAUCUCAUCAAAACCACAACUUCCUGGAGGGAAAAAUGGUGCGUUUUGGUAAUUCUGUGUUGAAAAGCGCUUGCUGCAGGCACACAGAUGAGGCUGUUCUCAGGUGGGGCACAAGUUUACUGUACUGUAGCCCAACACUAAUCAUAUUGAGAGAGCAGAUAAAAGCAACACUGUGUGAGCCAAGGCUGGGGAAUUCUAACCCAUCUGGUUGAGCCAGGACAGCCAUGGUGAAGUGUCUGUCCUGUGCACCCUGGGGCCUGAGAACUGCCAGCGUCACUGGCAGCACGCAGAACCAAGUGACACUGCUGCAGCCCUGCUUUUGGGUAGCAUCUUGCAUGGGCAGAUAGUGAUAGGACGAGGGGAAAACUAAAAGGUGUUAGAUGUUAUGAAGUAAUUUUUCACUCAGAGGGCAGUGAGGCCCUGGCACAGCUGCUCAGAGAAGCUGUGGGUGCCGCAUCCCUGGAGGCACUCAGGGCCAGGUUGGAUGGGGCCCUGGGCAGCCUGAGCUGCUGGAUGGCACUGCCCAUGGCUGGGGAUUGGGCUUAAAGAUCCCUUCCAACCCAAGCUGUUCUGUGGUUCUGUGUCACCACUGGCUCUAGGCAAGGCUGCAGCUGUGGGUGGGAAGCGUGGAUGCCUGCCACGAGCCUGGACAAACCAACAGAGCUCACAUUUGUAGCACUCAAUGAGAUCAGGGGGCAGAAGGGCCGCUGGGUGCCAAGGAGUGGGUGGCACUCCCUGGGGAGUGCUACUGCAUUCCUCCUCUGGCUCACGUCCAUAGGGCAGUUCACCAACUUAAGACCCCUAGAUGGAGACUGCUACAGUCAAUACAGUGUGCUUUCUUAGCGAGGCAUUUUUUGGUUUAACGUAACCAACAGUGCCUUAAAAAAAAGAUUUCCUUCCUGUGUAUGGUUUCCUACCUGCUGUGCACAGCCAAGCUUGGCUGCAGUGUCAGUGUGGCUGACAAAGACCGUCAUCUUGAGAGAAAGCAUCUCUGCACUCAACGAAGGCGACUACGGUUGCAGCACGGCAGCGUUGGCUGUCCCUCACACCAUACGUACCGUUGGUCCUGGAUGUGAUGGCACUGGAUUCAUAGAGACUUCUAUUUAUUUAUUUGCUAACUUUCGUUUGCAUGCACUUUCCUUGGCACUUAAUGGUCAAUGUUUAAGAAACACACCGGCGUAAGUGGUUAAACUUAUGGUGUGUGCAUAGAUGUGCUUGAAACCCUCUUGUGGGACAUUUUGGAAGAAAUUCAGGAUGGAUUUUGCCAUUGUACAGUGGUCUGCAAUGAAGUUAAGUCGUGGAUCUUGCAGGUUAAAUACUUAAAGAGGCGGUUCUUGUUUUUUAGGACACCACAGACAAAAAAGGGUAUUGUUACGUGACAGUAUGGUCAAGCAUAAAAUGUGUCUGAGGCUCAGAGCGGGAUCUUUGCUUAAGAAAGGGAAACACAGAGUGGAAUUUGCAAGGAAAAGACCUGACAAGAAACCGAUCGCCUCAAGGUUAAGUUGCUGAAGAGUCAGCACUGCAGUGCUGUGGGUAGUCCCGGUACUGAGAGAGCUGCUGAGUCACUUCCAUAGGCUUUCCUUGUACAGCAGAGCGCUCAGCCGCCUCACACAGCCGGGACUCGCUGGGUACCACCUAACGAUGCAGCACAGUUAUGACCUGAACAUACAAAUAGGUUCUCAUUUCCUGUUUCUUUAUAAACUUGCCUGGGUUUAACAGACCGUUAAUAAAAACACCAUCGUGUUUGAAAAAUG